AUGCUCAAUGGGUCAAGCCCCCAGGCUGGCAAGAUCUGGAAGAAGGCACUCCUAACCUUCUCCCUUGAUGGCAAGAAAAUGACCGAGACUUUCCUUAUAUGUAACACAGGGUCUCACGCCGCCAUCCUGGGAUUGAAGUGGUUGGGCGCCCACAACCCGGAAAUUGAUUGGAAUAUGCGCACUCUCACCUUCCCCCACGCACCACCUGAGCAUGUAGCCAUUGCCGAGGAAGAGGAAGCCAACCAAGAACCCCUUGAAGGAGUACCCUCCAAAUACCACCAAUAUGCAAAGGUAUUUGGAGAGGAAGAAUUCAACAAGCUUCCCCCUCACUGGCACUACGAUAUUGGCAUUGAGCUUAUGGAAGAAGGCCCCUUGAACUCACCCUUAUACAGUAUGACCGACGCCAAGUCUGCCACACUCAAAGACUGGCUCAGGGACGAGCUCAAGGCUGGGAAAAUCCGACCCAGCAAAUUGUCAAUUAGCUCUCCCGUAAUGUUUGUUCCCAAAAAGGAUGGUUCCCGUCGUUUGGUUGUUGAUGUCCUGGACACGGUCACAUGA